ACACGUCGUCGUCGCUCGUUGCUGCUGCUGCUCAGCUCUCGCUUCUCUGCCGUGUGUUAUGAACUUUGAAGCGAAUUCGAUAUAAACACAUCUCGCUUUCGGCGUUGUGUAUAGUCUUAGUACCCCACAUUGACCGUCGUGUAUUGUGUGCUCGUCGCUCGCAGUGGUAUUAUACAUAUACGAAAAAUUGUGAUAUUUGGUGCGGGACAUUUUUUCGUACGGAAGACGUGAGAGAGAGAGACGAGAAAUUUUCUCACCCUGCCCAAGCGUCGAGAGAGUCCAAGGCCGCCCGCAGGCACAGCGACUUUCGGGAAAUUUUCCGGGUUCUCGCACAGGCAGAUGUGUCAAGAAGCGCAAUGGAAGAGCCGGUCCCUGCGAUUUCUCCCGUGCGGGAUUUUCACGCCGUUUACGUGCCAAUUGGUGACAAUAUGGAAUCGGACGACGAGCAGCCUUACGUCUUCAGAGACAAGACGGAAGCACUGAAGGUCAUCAAGAAAUUCAAACGUGCGCGUCUCAAGACCUUCAGAGCUUACGAGGAUGCGGUGGCGUUCGCCAGGAACGGUCUCGAAGCGAUACUGGCGAAUCCUCUGGCGAAUUGUGGCAUAGCCAAUGCGGCGGCCGAGGACAAGGGUAACGUUUUUAAAGCUCCCAGACCGCAGAAUCUCACGCAGCUGAGAAAGCUGAUUGAGAAAAAUGACAUUAACGCAGUCAGGACUCAGAUAUGGGAGAAUCCUAGGUAUCUUGUCAGUAGCGGAGAUACUCCUUCGAUUUUACAUGAAGGUAGCAGAUAUAACGCUUUACAUGUGGCUGUGAAAAGUGCUCAAAGUCCAGCAAUGUGUGAAUUGAUUUUAAAUACUGUGGGUGAUCCAGAAUUUGUGAAACUAUUUUAUGGUAAUACAGAUGAGAAGAAGAAUUAUGUAAAUAGAAGUCAUAUUUUGCAAGAUUUGUACUUGAACACGCCAGACAAAGGUUUAAACGAAACUCCAUUGCAUUUCGCAACAAAGUUUGGUUUAAAAGAAUGUGUGAAAGUACUUUUAUCUUACCCACAAUGUUUGAAAUCACCACUGAAUAAGCACCAUGAAACUCCCAUUGAUAUUAUUUGCAGUAGAAAGUUUAUGGACGAUGCAAAGUUAAAAAGUGAGAUACGAUCUUUAAUAAUGGAUGAACAAUAUUAUGUACCAGUUCUCCGUGCAGAAGAUAAUAGCGUACAACCAAAAAUUGGAGAUCCUUUUUCUCCAGCUAGUCCUCCUCAAUUGAAUACUGAUCCUUUUUCUCCUCGUAUAGAAGUAAGAGCCAUCGCUGGCCCAAUGACUAAAGCACAAGCUCUAGAUUUCAGGAAAAAAUGGAAAACUCCCCCCAGAAUACUUUUAACUCCAAAUAGUAAAGGCUAUAGUGAAAGCAAUGGAUUGAAAAGUCCUGGUUUCAAUUCAUCUUUCCGCAAUUCAAGUUUAAAUUCCCCUUUUAGAAGCCCUAUCAUAGGUUCACCAUUCAAUCCUCCAGCUUGGGAAAAACUUGAAAAUUUAAAUUCAUCUUUCCGUUUUCAAGAUACUGAUAAAGGACUUGAAAUGGUUGGAAGGGAAUUAGCAUCAGAGUGUCAAGUAUUAUGGAAAGAAUAUUGGCCAUUUUUGAAAGAUUUUGCUGAUUUGAGAUCUGAAGAUGGACUAAAAAAACUAGAAGAAUUUUUGAGGAAACAACAUCGAAAUAAAAUGAAAUUUAGUUUUAAUAUUGAUAAAAAGUCUAGUAAUACUAUUGAAACGGUAAAAGCAAAUGAAAAUAACAUAAAUGAUCUGUGUUCUCAAUUAGAGAGUCUUGUUUUACAAACUAAUGCAGAUUCGGACGACGAAAGCCAAGAUGACUCAGAAUUUGUGACUCCUCCAUCUUCACCUCUAAAAUUAGAGACAAGCAGGUCUUCGGAGGAAGAUAUGGAUUGUGCAGAUGAGAGGAUGGGAGAUGAAGUUUUUCUAGAAGGAAAAAAUCCCACAAAAACCGACUAUGCAGUAUUUCGUGCUAUUCCACCCUAUAUAGAUGUAAGUAAAUUCCCUGCUAUAUAUCUGUGGCGACAUGAUAUGCAACUACUUAUAAAGAACAGUACUGGAACAAAUAUGAGUUCAUCGAAAUACUUACCUUCCAAAAGAAGAUUGUUCUUACAUGAUGUAUAAUCAAAAAGUCUACAAGUGCUUCUUUGUUGCAUGAUAAAUACUAUUGGUGUUGAGGAACAUAAUGCGAUAAGUUUUAAUCGCCUGUUUGGAAUCAAAAAAAAAAAAAAAAUACUAGUGACUGUUUACUACUUGUCAAACUCUGCCAUUUUCUGAGAAAAAGAUUUUAUACAAAAAAAAUUUACUUGUGAUAAGCUCUAAUGAGCAGUAGGUUGAUGUAAAAAGUUAAAUGGAUUACUUUAUACUUAAUGAUGAUAUAAACAGUAUACGUAAAUAAUAUAUUUUCGUAUUGCUUGUACCAAGAGAUGAAGUAUAUAUUUUAUUAUUAGAUUUAAAAUUAUUUAAAAAUGUUUCUAUAAAUGCGUUUUACGUGUAAUUAUUUGUGUAUUAAUGUUUAAUACAAUUAAGAAGAUCAUUUAAACAAUAGCAUUUUUCAAUGCAUUUUCUAACGUUUUUAUUCAGAAUUGUUUUAAUAUGUGUAAGCUCGAAUAGUCAAAAUAAAGAACUAUUUCAUGAUUA